ACCGGAGAGCCUUCCCCUGCUGCUUCGCGGGGCGUCCCCGCACCAUACCCGCAGCUCCAGGCUUGUCAGUUCGGCGCACCGCCUGGAAGGGGGACCCGACCGGGAGCGCUCCGGGGAGUCGUCGAGGAGGAUGCCCGGGUGUUGGCUAUGUUCCCAAGCUGCUCGCCGGCGCUGACGAGAAAGGCAGUCCGGAUAACACCGCCCAAACUUUCCUUCGCGGCAGCGUCGGGAGGAAGCAUCCCUCUCUGAGGUUCGCGGAGAGCCGGAGGAAGACUCCAGGCGCCCGGAGCGGACAGGGCCCAGCCGGCGCAGGAGGGCGCGCUCGGAGUUCCUGGGAGCCCUAGAGGUACCCUAAGGGACGGGACUAGUCGCCGCUGUGCGCCCAGGCGUGGGGAGGUCCAGUGGGCGCUGCUUCUCCUUUCCUGCGCUCCUCACUGACCGUGACCUUUGCGCGCUCCCCGAGCACGUGCCCGCGGCGGAGCAAGAGGAAGGACAGCUGAACCCGCUGGGGGCAGGGACUCGAGGACAGGCCCAGGGCGCAUGGAGGCGCCGCGCGGGCGGUGCGGCUCACCAGCGGCGCGGGGUAGCGCGCACGCUGAGCCUGGGUCUCCCCGGGGACCCGACCGGCCGCUCCCCGAACUUCCUGCAGCGGAGCUCUGGGCCGCGGGUGGCCACUCCAAGCGCAGCGCCCGCUGAGGCGGAGCGGACACACGGGAGGACAGGUGUAGCCCGCACACGCGGGCGCCGUGCUCCGAAGGACUGGGUGGGCUCGGCUGGCCCGGAGUUGGCUCGCGGGGCGCGGAACUCCGGUCCCCACCAAGCCGGCCGGUCAGCGCGCCCCUUGGCAUUGCCGCUGCCGGAGCCUCGAGCAGCCAGGCGGGGUGAAGGAAGUGCCUGCGGAACCCGGCUCCCCGGAGGCCGCUCUGGCGCGACCCUGAUGCCCGCUGUCCGCGGCGGGUCCCGCUUCGGCCCCGGGACCUAGGCAGCUGCGCGCGGCCGCCGCCGGCGCCUCCCCCAUGCUGCUCGGAGCGUCCUGGCUGUGCGCGUCCAAGGCGGCCGCCGCCGCUGCGCAGAGCGAGGGCGACGACGACAGGCCGGGUGAGCGGCGGCGGCGGCGGGCGGCGGCCACGGCCGCGGCGGCGGGCGAGGACAUGGACGAGUCGUCGCUGCUGGACCUGCUGGAGUGCUCCGUGUGCCUGGAGCGCCUGGACACCACGGCCAAGGUGCUGCCGUGUCAGCACACUUUCUGCCGCCGCUGCCUGGAGAGCAUCGUGUGCUCGCGCCACGAACUGCGCUGCCCCGAGUGCCGCAUCCUGGUGGGCUGCGGCGUGGACGAGCUGCCCGCCAACAUCCUGCUGGUGCGCCUGCUGGACGGCAUUCGCCAGCGGCCCCGCGCUGGCGCCAGCCCCGGUGGUAGCCCGUCCGCUCGCCCGGGCCCCAGCUCGGGGGCGGCCUCCGCGCUCGCGGGUGGCGGGGGCAGCGCGGCGGGCAGCGCCCCCGGCUCCCCAGUCUUCCUCCCUGCGGCGACCGGCAGCGCCACCGCCAGCCUGCGGGAGCUGGCGACCAGCAGGAGUGCACCCGUGGCAAAGACUCUCUCCCAGCUUCCCUAUGGGAAGGCGCUCUACAGUUACGAGGGGAAAGAACCUGGCGACCUCAAGUUCAGCAAGGGCGACAUCAUCAUUCUGCGGCGCAGAGUGGAUGAGCACUGGUACCAUGGGGAGCUGCAUGGGGCUCACGGCUUCCUGCCUGCCAGCUACAUCCAGUGCGUCCGGCCCUUGCCGCAGACCCCGCCCCAGGGCAAAGCACUUUAUGAUUUCGAGAUGAAGGACAGAGACCAGGACAAGGACUGUCUGACCUUUACCAAGGACGAGAUCCUGACCGUCAUCCGAAGAGUGGAUGACAACUGGGCAGAAGGCAUGCUGGGAGACAAGAUUGGGAUCUUCCCCUUGCUGUACGUGGAGCUCAAUGACUCCGCCAAGCAGCUCAUUGAGAUGGACAAGCCAUGCCCAGCUGCUGCGUCGAGCUGCCACGCCCCCUUGCCCUCUGACCCUGGCGCGGCAGCCAGUGCGGCCCCAGGACCCGCAUUAAGCAGCACGGGGGCGGUCAGUGCCUUUCAGCGGCGUGUGGACAGCAAGAAGAAUGCCAAGAAGCGCCACUCCUUCACCGCGCUCAGUGUGACACACAAGUCCUCCCAAGCCACAAGCCACAGGCACUCCAUGGAAAUUAGCGCUCCGGUCUUGAUCAGUUCCAGCGAUCCCCGGGCUGCGGCCAGAAUCGGAGACCUGGCUCAUCUGUCCUGCAGUGCUCCCGCCCAGGACUCCUCUUCCUCGCCCGGACCCGCCCCAGCGGCUGAACAGCAAGGCACCACUCCCAAAGUCCAGCUGCCCCUCAACGUGUACUUGGCGCUAUAUGCUUACAAGCCCCAGAAGAACGACGAGCUGGAGCUGCGGAAGGGCGAGAUGUACCGUGUCCUAGAGAAGUGUCAGGAUGGCUGGUUCAAGGGGACAUCCCUGAGGACUGGGCUUUCUGGGGUGUUCCCAGGAAACUACGUGACGCCCGUCUCCAGGGCUCCUGUAGGAGGGGCUGGGCCACCCCGGAAUAAUGUUGUUGGAGGUUCUCCGCUGGCCAAAGGGAUGGCCACAACCAUCCACCCAGGUGGUGGAAGUCUGAGCAGCCCAGCCACUGCCACAAGGCCGGCCCUUCCCCUCACCACACCCCAGGCCCAGCACCAGACGGCCUCUCCCCUGAUGGCCACUUGCCUGCGGCACACAGCCCAGCCGGCCACCAGCCAAGCCCGGGGCACCGUCCCCACAGCUUCCCACUCCUCAGCCCAGGCCCAGGACCGACCAACUGCCACCGUGUCGCCCCUGCGCACCCAGAACUCCCCAUCCCGCCUGCCCACCGCCAGCCUCAGGCCCCACUCGGUGGUGUCGCCACAGCACGUGCACCAGCCCCCCAUGCAGACGGUCAUCGGGGCCCAGUGCCCCCGACCAGCCAUUCCACUUACAUCUGCAGCGUCUGCCGUCACGCCUCCCAACGUCAGUGCUGCCAACCUCAACGGGGAGGCUGCAGGGGGGCCUGUCAGUGGCUUGUCGUCGUCCAGCCCCACCAACACCGGAGGCAAACCAGAUGAGAAGAAAAACGAAAAGAAAGAGAAGAAGAGUGGGCUGCUGAAGCUUCUCGCUGGGGCAUCCACCAAGAAGAAAUCUCGCUCCCCACCAUCCAUCUCUCCAACUCACGACUCCCAGGUGGCAGUGGACACCUCACUCCAGGGUGCAGUGGGGCCCGAAGUGUCCUCACUAUCCAUCCACGGCAGGGCAGGGUCCUGCCCCAUAGAGAGCGAGAUGCAGGGUGCCGUGGGCAUGGAACCGCUGCACAGAAAGGCGGGCUCCUUGGAUCUGAACUUCUCCUCAUCCCCCUCCAGGCAAGCAUCUCUCUCCAUGGCUGCCAUCCGUCCCGAACCCAAGCCUUUGUCCAGGGAGAGGUACCGCGUGGUGGUCUCGUAUCCUCCCCAGAGCGAGGCGGAGAUUGAGCUGAAGGAAGGCGACAUAGUCUUUGUGCACAAGAAGCGAGAAGACGGCUGGUACAAGGGGACCCUGCAGAGGAACGGCCGCACCGGCCUCUUCCCGGGCAGCUUUGUGGAGAGUUUCUGAGGACACGCUCCCCAUGCCCCACUCCCCAGGCACAAAGGCUCCCCGGGAUCCCCAGGGGGCAAAGAGAGGCAGUCAAGGCCACCGAGGGCCCCAGGUCCCUUUCGAGGCUCCUGGCGAGGCCACCCUGGACGGGGAUGGGAGCUGGGGGAUGUGGAGGUCGUGCCUUCGCCCAUAACCACCCACCAGGAGUGCACCUUGGGGUUGUUCUCCCACAAAAUGCUUCCCUCUGCGUAAACUCUAAAGAAAUACCUUUGAAAAGAGAAGAUGCUGAUGCGGGUGAUCGGCUCUGCGAGGGACUGCUAAGCCACAGCCUUCUUAUUUGUUGCCCCCGCAAGCCUGGGCGCUGCGGAAGGGCUGCAGGGCUUGGAUGGCAGGCACCGGGUCCUGGGCGGCGGCAGAAGGUCUGAGGGCUGCCCCGGGCUGCUUGUGGGGGGUCCAGAUUGCUCCAUCACCUCUCUAUAUACCUCAGUCACCUGCCACCUGGCCACUCAGCAGGGGUGUUUCCGGCCCAGGGCUGUGGCCGGGUCGCCAGAGUCCCCCAGGCAACCCCGCACCCAGCUCCUGCAGGAGGCGUGAGAUCGCACUUGGCUUUGUUUCCUGCCCAUAUUAUAAGCCACACAUUUCAUUUUGCCACCACUGUCCCUUUGCAUUGCUUCUUUCUUACAACAUCUUUUUAAAGUAAAGCUGUCAGACUUUCUAUAUUUCUAAUAGGUCAUACAUUGCCUAUUUUUCAUACAUCUGGUGCUGCCUUUUUGUAAACCAGUAAUGACUUGGUUGAGCUUGAAAGAAAAAAAAAGUCUGAGCUGAUAUCAAGUGGGCAGAAUUUUUAUACAUACCAUAUGAAUUUUGGAAAACUCUGAAAAGCCCACGUACUCAACAUCAGUGUUGGCUACUGCUCCACGGAGAAGAGGGAAUCCAUUUAAGUGGUUGGAGGGAGUUUGGGAAAAGUCAAUUUCCUUAAACCCUUACCAAGCCCCAUGCUAUGUCUAGACAGUGAUAAUUAUUAUUCAAGAAUUGGAACCAUUUCAAGGAAGGGUCACUAUAAUUGCCUUGUGUGUGGCAGUAAAAAGAACAUGAAGGUCAACCCCAGUCUAGGAAGGCAGAAUUUUCCUUUUAUUGCUUUAGGGAAAAGGACUACAAUUAGCAUUAUCAAGAUAUGAUUUCUUGGUACUGAAGCAGUUUUUAACCACAGUUCAGAUUUACCACCUUGUGACAGUUCUGUCUUUU